GCGCCGCGCUCCUCUAUGGUUGUCCCGGAAGUGCUUCCGGGGGCGGGGCGUCGGUCGGUAACCGUGGUAACGGGGCGCUUCUUCCCGCUGCCGGAGCGAUGGCGGAGCCGCAGGCCGCACCGGUUUCUUCAUUGCCGGUGGCUACAGAACCCCCAAAACCCCAUCCUAAAAAAGGUUUCACCAGAGUUACCAAUCCUAGAGAGGAAAAACUGGUUGAUCUAUCUGCUCUAUGUUCGCAGAGACUACGACGAGUGUAAGGCUGUCAUCAAAGAGCAGCUCCAGGAGUCUCAUGGGCUGUGUGAAUAUGCAGUCUACGUUCAAGCUUUGAUAUUUCGCUUGGAGGGGAAAAUUCAAGAAUCUCUUGAACUUUUUCAGACAUGUUCCAUUCUGAACCCUCGAAGCGCUGACAACCUCAAGCAGGUGGCACGAUCGCUGUUUCUUUUGGGGAAGCACAAGGCAGCCAUUGAAGUGUACAACGAAGCAGCUAAACUUGAUGAAAAGGACUGGGAGAUCAGCCACAACCUGGGUGUGUGCUACAUGUACCUGAAACACUUCAACAAGGCACGAGACCAGCUAAACAAUGCCCUGGAGCUCAACAGACAUGAUCUGACUUACAUGAUGCUGGGGAAAAUUCACCUAUUGGAGGGGGAGAUGGAUAAAGCCAUUGAAGUCUAUAAGAAAGCCGUAGAGUUUUCUCCAGAAAACACAGACCUCCUUACAACACUGGGGUUACUUUACUUGCAGCUUGGGGAUUACCAGAAGGCCUUUGAACACCUUGGAAAUGCACUUACUUACGACCCAGGCAACUACAAGGCUACCUUGGCAGCUGGCAGCAUGAUGCAGGCCCAUGGAGAUUUUGAUGUUGCCCUCUCCAAAUACAGGGUGGUAGCCAGCUCUGUGCCUGAAAGCCCUCCGCUGUGGAACAACAUUGGGAUGUGCUUCUUCGGGAAGAAGAAAUAUGUAGCAGCUAUCAGUUGCCUGAAGCGGGCAAACUACUUGGCUCCCUUUGACUGGAAGAUUUUGUACAACUUGGGGUUAGUCCACCUCACAAUGCAGCAGUACGCAUCUGCUUUCCACUUUCUCAGUGCUGCCAUCAACUUCCAGCCCAAGAUGGGAGAGCUGUACAUGCUCCUUGCAGUUGCUCUGACAAACCUUGAAGACAUUGAGAAUGCAAAACGUUCCUAUGAGCAAGCUGUGGCACUGGACAAGUGCAACCCCCUCGUCAACCUGAACUAUGCUGUCCUGCUGUAUAACCAGGGUGACAAGAAGGGAGCCCUCUGCCAGUACCAGGAGAUGGAGAAGAAGGUCAACGCAGUGAAGGAGAGCAGUACUCCUGACUUUGACCCUGAGAUGGUGGAGGUUGCUCAGAAGAUGGGAGCUGCUCUGCAGGUAGGGGAGAGCCUCGUCUGGACUAAGCCUUCUAAAGAGUCUAAAUCCAAGCAGAGAGCUGCUCUGUCAGGGAAAUCCUCCAGCACUCAGCAGCCUUUGGGCUCUAACCAGGCCCUGGGUCAAGCCAUGUCCUCAGCUGCAGGGUAUGGGAAAACCAUGCAGCUUCCCCCAGGUGCUGGAGCAUCAGCUCCGCUUGCAAAGCCUCCCUCGCUGCCUCUGGAACCAGACUCAGGCUCAGAAAUGAGCCCCGAGGAGACCUCGGCACCAACAGGAGCCGAGGAGCAGAAUAAAGAAAAACACAACAGCCAGCAGGCAGCAGACUAGGAUGGACUCUGGUCAGGACAGGCAGGUGCAGGAGCAUCCCUAGAGCUGCCUGCUGACCUGUGUGGAAAGGGACCUGCCUUCUCCCCUGUCCCAUGGUGGCUUCACCCCACUGUCAGUUAGUCUAAAUGCAGCUGUUUUCUGUUAAUGAUUUUAGCAUGUGGUCUCUACCUUGUCCCAAGGAGUCGUUGCAGCAAUCGGAAGAGGUUUUUGCAUAGCUACUGUUAGCGUGGUCACAGCUUACCACAAGGGACUGGAGGAUGGAGAUCCAUCUCUCUACAGGGUUGGCAGUCUUCAGUGUUUCGGUGUAAGUCCUCCAGAAGGAUGCUGAAGCAUCCAGUACGUUCAGAAGAGCCAGCAGUAGUGACUUAGCAUCCUGGACCCCAAAGAGGAUCAAACUCUUUCAGUGGCUGAAGUUGUAAGCAGCUGAGGAAGCCCUACACAGGCUGAGUAAGGUCAGUGGUAAUACUCUCGGAGAGGGGGUGAAGGUAGCGCAUCUCACCAGGGCAAGCGCAGAGCAGUAAGCCAGGCUCGGGGCUAGCACAGCCUGGCUUACUGUGAAGCAGGGGCUUGUCAUUCCCCGUUUCACAAGGGCAAGACUUUGUAAAUGCUUUCUCAAGGCUGAAGCAAGCAAGCUGAAACAGCUGGGAGCUGGUAUUCCUGAGCAGGGCAAUGUCAUGGUCACAGGGCAUGAGAAGCACUUUAAAGCCCACACUUUCCUUAGCGGUGGCAGUUGUGAAACACGGAGGAGCUGCAUAGCAAAGGUGAGCUGGUUUGUCUGGAGGUGAUUGCUCCAUUACACGCAGCCUGGUGGAGGGUGGAUGGCCGAAGCAGACCUGCUGUGCUGGGCUAAUGGCAUGUGUGUUGGCCAGCCAAGUGAGUCGGCUUCUUUAGGACUGUUCACCUUCUGAUCCCAGGAUCACUCUUCUUAUUUCUUGAAUCCAACCUAUUUUUUAGUGUAAGCUUCUUUGUGGUAGCUAAGAAUGUUGCAAAGCUGGCCCACAGUAAGGCAAGUGCUCAGUGGCUGGCUAUUCUGGAAGCAAGCUAGCUGCAGCAGCAAAGUCUGCCAAAUUCUUAACUGUUUGCUGAGAAACAGGGUAAAUGAGCUUCAGUGAAGCUCUGCUCAUGUGAAUGGAGUUCUUCCUUGAGAGUUUGUUUUGCCCAGCAUGGGGGGAAAGAUUGGUUUGCAGGAAAAAAAAGAGCAAGCCCUUUCAGAAAAGACAAUAAGGUCAGCUUCAAUGCUAAAUUUAAAUUGUUUUAGUACGACAGCAGCCAUGCUUUGAAUAAUUCAGUUAUGCCCUCCUUACAGUUGCAUUUUAGGAGAAAUCAUUUAUGCUAGCUGCAAGGCAGCAAAGCAGCCCGUUGGUGAGCAGAGCAAGGAACUUUAAUGCCCAUACAAUACUAGAGAUGCUUUGAAAAUGUUUCUAUCCUUGAACAGCAAAAUCUUAGCCUUCCUUUUCUCUGCUACUAUCGGUUUGUUGCCUCUGGGAUUUAUCCAGAGCUUGAUACAGGUCCUCAAAACAACUGCAGGACCAUCAUACUUUACAUAAAGAACCAGUAACUGGGUUAAGCAUAGUUUUUCUCAUCCUCCUUUCUGUGUACCGACAAGUACACAAAGCUAAUAUUGCUGUGGGACUUUCAAUUGGAGUUUUCCAAACAGAAUAUGUAGUGCUUCCCCAACAAAACUGAAGCUUCAGGGUUCAGUGUAUUUGCUGGUUAAGCUACCCAGCUUUUUAAAAUGUAUUUAUUUCCUGCUUUUAGUUCUGCACUGCUAUGUUUUAUCACUCCAUAAUUAGCAAGUCCCACAGAGGAGGGUUAGUAAUGGCAACUUCUCUGUAGCAACAACAUGAAAACAGCAUGACCAAGGCUCUGGAUACAUGAACAUCCUUCAGUUGUGCUUUGUGGUUAGCUGCUAUUAUCCAGAAUGACAUUAAUGCAUCUUUAGAGCACACCCAGGAACUAAAGUGCUAUGCUACUCCCUGGAGAACACUAGAAGAGUAGGAACCCUUCACUUUCUCCACUGUUUUGAUUGCCAAAACUGCCUGCUUAUCUCAAAUGUGGCUUUUUUUUUCCAGCUGUCCUCUACUGACGGGUUUUGUAUCAGUACAACUUCAGGGUAGCACUCCUGUAAGGUUUCCCCCCUUGUGGUAGGAGUUGAAGAAAACAGAGGCUCUUUUGUGGAACACUGGCAAAUUUAAACAAACCAGACACAAAGCAGUGUAAAUCAGGUACAGUGCAGCGAUUUUUUUAUUCACAUUAAACUUUUUACACUGAAAGUUACUGCAGCGUAACAGAGUGCCUGUGAAGAAGAGCGUAAGAUUGCAGAGAAAGGGUAGGCAGGGUAUGGGAACUCUUUACCUCACCCCCAAAACUUUAGCUCAAGACAGUUUUUUCCGAUAGCAAUUGACUGCUGCAAUCUUCUAGUGUUAUCAUAAAGGCUUUCAUUUCAAGCCAUGGAAGCUCCAAUACAACGAACAGUGACCAGAACAACGUGGUUACAGGUAGCUGAGCACCAGCAUUGCUAAUACAGGAAGAUUUUCCCUCCAGCUGCUUAUGACCCUUUGUUUUGUUUUUACUAGCUGCUUUCCCCUGCCUUCUGCUUGUUGUAAAAAAAGACUGUAGCAUUAUCAAUCAAACUCAUUUGCUAUAUUCAAUAGAUGGGAGCAGCCCUCGUCCCACUGCUGUUCUCAACUUACAGCCCACCAGAGACACAAGGAACAACGAUCUCUCUUCUCUCACCCAGUCCCACUGGUGCAACCCAUUACCUUCUUGGCUGUUAGGAUGCUUUUAUGGGGUAAAUGUUACAUGUUAGUACAUAGGGUAUACUACAUUUGGAGGUACUGUAAAGCUAUUUAGAAUAAAUAUAUAUUUUGGUGAAAAGCUUACGCAGACGAUUAACCAAUUCUCCUUCUAAGAAAAGGAGCAGCAGCACCUUGCUACUUUCUGGAUUUGAACAGAGCAGAAGGGAGCUUCAUGUCUAAGGAAGCGGUUUUAAAUAUGUAAUUACAGUUGGAUAAUAAAUAGAACUGCAAUUC